CCCAGGGCUCUUGGCUGACAGGGAGCUCAGAGCUGGGGUGUCUGGGGACCUUGGGGUGGGGAGGGCUAACCAGGAACAACCAUGUCUGUGCAGGUGGCAGCGCCUGGAAGCACGGGGCUGGGCCCGGAGCGCCUCAACCCUGAGGAGCUGGUGAGGCAGACUCGGCAGGUGGUCCAGGGGCUGGAGGCCCUCCGGGCUGAGCACCACAGUCUGGCUGGGCACCUGGCCAAGGCCUUGGCUGGUCAGGGCCCUGUGGCUGCCGUUGAGUUGCUGGAAGAGAAGCAACAAGCGGUGAACCAUUCGCUGGAGGCCAUCGAGCUGGGAUUGGGCGAAGCCCAGGUGCUGCUGGCUCUGUCUGCCCAUGUGGGUGUGUUGGAGGCUGAGAAGCAGAGGCUACGGGCGCAGGCACGGAGGCUGGCCCAGGAGAACACAUGGCUUCGUGAGGAGCUGGAGGAGACGCAGAGGCGCCUGCGGGCCAGUGAGGAGGCUGUGGCCCAGCUGGAAGAGGAGAAGAGCCACCUCCAGUUCCUGGGGCAGCUACGACAAUAUGACCCACCUGAGGAGAACCAGCGGCCUGAAUCCCCACCUCGGAGGGACAGCCUGGUGUCCCUGUUUCCCAGUGAGGAGGAGGAGAGGAAAGGUCCUGAGGCAGCUGGAGCUGCUGCAGCUCAGCAGGGCGGCUAUGAGAUACCAGCCCGCCUUCGGACCCUGCACAACCUGGUGAUCCAGUACGCAGGCCAGGGCCGCUACGAGGUGGCUGUGCCUCUGUGUCGUCAGGCCCUGGAGGACCUGGAGCGAAGCUCAGGCCACUGCCACCCUGAUGUGGCCACCAUGCUUAACAUCCUGGCACUGGUAUACAGAGACCAAAACAAGUACAAGGAGGCCACAGAGCUUCUUCACGACGCCCUGCAGAUCCGGGAGCAGACGCUGGGCCCUGAACACCCUGCCGUGGCGGCCACCCUCAACAACCUGGCUGUUCUGUACGGGAAGCGUGGGCGUUUCCGGGAGGCAGAGCCCCUUUGCCAGCGUGCCCUGGAGAUCCGGGAAAAGGUUCUGGGUGCAGACCACCCCGACGUGGCCAAGCAGCUCAACAACCUAGCCCUGCUCUGCCAGAACCAGGGCAAGUUUGAGGAUGUGGAGCGGCAUUAUGCACGGGCCCUGAGUAUCUAUGAGGCCCUGGGGGGGCCACACGACCCCAACGUGGCCAAGACCAAGAACAACCUGGCCUCAGCCUACCUGAAACAGAACAAGUACCAGCAGGCAGAAGAGCUGUACAGAGAGAUCCUCAGCAAGGAAGCCCUGCCCGCCCCACUUGGAGCCCCCAAUGCAGGCACAGUGGGUGACGCAGAACAGCAGGUCCUGCGUCGCAGCAGCUCCUUCACUAAGCUCCGAGAGUCCAUCCGGCGGGGAAGUGAGAAGCUUGUCUCCCGCCUCCGAGGCAACAGCAUGGCAGGGGCCGCUGGGAUGAAGAGAACCAUGUCACUCAAUAUGCUGAAUGUGGAUAGUCCAAGAGCUGCCAGGACGCAGCUCUCCACACGGCACCUGAGCGAGGCCCCUCGGACCCUCAGCGCCAGCACCCAGGACCUGAGACCACGCUAGGGUGGACUGGCCAUGGUGGCCGCAGCUUCUCAGGGAGGGACAGUCAGGUGGAUUAUC